AUGUCCCGCCCAACACAUAUCCUUGACACCGCCCUCGACGCCGUCGGACACACCCCACUCAUCAGACUCGACAAGGUAGCAAAGCAAGAGGGGUUCAGGUGUAAUUUACUGGGCAAAGUCGAGUACACGUCAGCUGGUGGGUCUGUUAAGGACCGGAUAGCGAAGGCCAUGGUGCUGGCAGCAGAGAAGGAAGGGAAGUUGAUACCGGGGAAGAGUGUGGUAAUUGAGCCUACGUCGGGGAACACAGGCAUUGGAUUAGCUAUGGCAUGCGCCAUCAAGGGAUAUUCGGUUAUUAUAACCAUGCCUGACAAGAUGUCACUCGAGAAAGAAGCCACACUGCGUGCCCUCGGCGCUGAAGUCGUGCGCACGCCUACCGCUGCGCCCUGGGAUUCCCCUGCUAGCCACAUAGGUGUGGCGGAGAAAUUACAGAGGGACAUUCCAGGAGGCAUCAUUUUGGACCAAUAUAGAAAUCCGAAUAACCCAUUGGCACAUGAGUACGGAACGGGCCCUGAAAUUAUUGAGGCUGUGGUGUCGACCCCGCCCUCCUCGUCGAGGCGUUCAACGCAGAAAGUUGAUGUAUUCAUUGGUGGAGCUGGUACUGGCGGGACUAUCACAGGUGUCUCGCGCGCCAUCAAGAAGACGCAUAACGCAAACUGUAUCGUCGUUGGUGUCGACCCUAUUGGAAGCAUCCUCGCCUUACCCGACACGCUCAACGCAACGGACUCAGGAGCCGCAUAUGUCGUCGAAGGUAUCGGCUAUGACUUCAUCCCCGACGUCCUCUCGCGUGACAUAGGCGAUGUGAACUGUUGGGUAAAGACGUCGGAUGAUGAGGCAUUCUCAGCGGUGAGGAGAUUACAAAGACACGAGGGGCUAUUAGUUGGUGGGAGUAGCGGGAGUGCACUCGCUGGUGCUAUUAAAUGGUUGAAGGAGAGCGGGGAGGGGAGGAGGAUAGCGGUGACGGAGGGUGUGAAUGUGGUGGUGCUGUUAGCUGAUGGGGUAAGGAAUUAUAUGAGCAAGUCGUGGUUUUUGGAUAUGACGCUGCACGCGGAGCCGACGCCUCUCGCUGGCAUGAUUUCGCAGAUCCUAGCGCCCAAGGCGGAAGUGGAAGUCAAGCCCGUUGCUAGUAUCGUAGUUCAGCGUGCCACUCUCUAG